CAUUGUCAUCGAAACAAUGUAGCCCAUCAUGUAGUUGCAGUUAGCUCCUGAGGUUGAGUCGUACGAGUACGUACGUACGUUGUAAAAAGUCACGCACCUUUACUUUUGCGAUUAUCGGUGUCGUGUGACUCAUAUGUGACACUACAGCGCAAAAUGGAGUCGAUCCUUGAAGACUACGUGAGCGCGACAGAUCUGAAACAUUACGAACAGCAGUAUCAUGAAGAAAUGAAAAAUGGAGAAGUGGACACAAAAACCCAGUUCGAGUAUGCUUGGUGCCUUGUCAGAAGCAGGUAUCCGGCGGACAUACGGCGGGGUGUUCUGUUGAUGGAACAUUUGUUUCACCACGGCAAUGCAGAAGCCAAGCGAGAUUACCUUUUCUACCUGGCUGUCGGGAGCACCAAGCUUAAGGAAUACUCCAAGGCGUUAAAAUUCAUCAAGGCAUUCCUUCACGUUGAGCCAGCUAACAGGCAAGCACAGGAACUUGAAGCAACUAUAAAAAGUCUGAUGAAGAAAGAGGGAAUAAAAGGCAUGGCUAUUGUUGGCGGUGCUGCUCUUGCUGUUAGCGGGCUUGUCGGUCUUGGAAUCGCCUUGGCUAAGAGAUAAGAAGACUUCGUUCCUUCCCAGAUUUCCCUGCAAAUUGUCAACCCGAGCCCAGUCGCAUUUUUUAUUCUGUACGAAGUGUGCAAAUAAAGUGACCAGUGUGACCUGACCCACUAA